AACAAUCGACGGGGGUAAUCAGAUGGGAUUCAUUGAAGGCAUAAAGACAUUUAACAGCGGACAGGUGGCGAAGACCUCAUUUAUAAAAGGAAAUAACAGGUAGCUCCAACACAAAACAUAGCACGCUGGACGAAAACUUUGUAAGGCCGUAUGUGCAUCACAUCAUAAAAGGACAAUUGGUUUUCGAUGGAAUUUGCCCAGCGGUACUCAAUGAAGAUAUCUUAGUGUUCAGAUAUCUAACAUCCGACAUCUACAGCAACAAAAGUUUUCAAAAUGAGAGAAAAAAGGCAGCAUUAUUUGAAAGAUGGGCCUGAAAAACAGGAAGCCAGGAAAAAUAAAGAUAUGUUUUGCUUCGAGAGCUCACACCAUGAAAACAGCCUUUUGAACAAACUGAAUGAAUUUUACCAGUCACAAACACUAUGUGACGUUACCUUGAUAGCUGAGGGGCAGAAAAUCAAAACACACAAGGCAGUACUUGCUGCUUGCAGUCCUUAUUUUACUACCAUGUUUACGACAAAUCUGAAAGAAAGUGCCCAAGAUGUCAUAGAGCUCAAGGAUAUAACGUUUUUAUCUCUUCAAACUCUCGUGACGUUUUGUUACACUAGCUCGAUUGAAAUUUCAGCUGAAACUGUUUUUGAACUUCUCACAGCUGCGGAUAUGCUGGAUUUUACGGUAAUUAAAGACAGCACAAGUGCUUUUCUUUCAAGUAAAUUAACGCCAUCAAACUGUAUGGAAAUCUCAGUCUUUGCAGACCUUCAUAACUGUCAGACAUUGAGGUCAUAUUCAUUGAAGUAUGCUCAGCAAAAUUUUCGACACGUGACAAGGACCGAGGCUUUUCUGGAAGCAACUUACGAACAGGUCGAAGAGCUCUUAUCAUCUGAAAGCCUCGGUAUCACUACGGAGAAAGACGUAUUCGAGGCGUUGAUGGUAUGGGUGAAGCAUGACACUGCGAAGAGGGAAAAGCGUCUGUCAAGUCUAUUCAAACAUGUGCGUUUGCAUCUGCUUCCACCCAAAGAAAUAGUCGACUGUGUUGAACAUGAGCCAUUAAUUGAAAACAGUAGCUCUUGUAUGAAGCUUGUGAAUGCAGCGAAAACACACCAUCUGAUUCCUGAUUGGUCAGUUGACAAUGCGCCGCAUGAGUUCCAGUCGAGGUCACUUCACAAAGAGGCAAAGAUCUACUUGGUUGGAGGCGAAGUCCACCAGAAGGUUUUCAGCUCAUUAGAGGUCUAUUCAAUGGCAAAAGAUAACUGGGAGAAGCUGAAAGGCAUGAACAAGCAAAGAGACGGCGUCGGAGUAUCCACGUAUGACGGAAAGAUAUACGCCGUUGGAGGAUGCGAUGGACAGUCAGCCUUGAGCUGCAUGGAAGUGUAUGACCUCGAUUCAAAUCAAUGGCAAUUUCGGAGUUCUAUGCACGAGGCUAGACAUGCGUUAGCAGUGUCUGAGUUAGAUGGUUGGUUGUAUGCAUUGGGCGGGAGCAAUUUCACAACAGCAGAAUACUGCUCGGCGGAGCGCUACGAUCCCGUGCGGGACAACUGGAGCUUUCUGCCACACAUGAACGCAAAACGAGAAGGCCUCGCGUCUGUCUCCUUGGAAGGAGCUCUGUACGCAAUGGGGGGUGACAACGGCGUUUGUAUUCUUAACACAAUGGAACGUUUCGAUCCUCGAACGGGCAAAUGGUAUUUCACGUCAUCGAUGGGAUUUCGCCGUCGUUACUUCGGAGCUGCUGUGUUGAACGGUGCGAUAUAUGCAUUGGGUGGUAGCGAUUUUGACCAGGACUUAAACUCAAUCGAAUGUUUUGAUCCCCGUGCUAACAGAUGGCAGUUCCUACCAUCUAUGACCACAAGAAGAGAAAGUGUUGCGGUUGCUGCGCUCGGUGAUAAGAUAUUGGCUAUUGGCGGUGCAUGCAUGAACAAGGAAACAAGCUCAGUGGAAGUGUAUGACCCAGUCCUGAAUAAAUGGGACAUCUUUGCGCCAAUGGUAAACGCGAAAGAAGGAAUGGGGGUGGUUGUUCUCUGAAAUGCCAAGUCGAAAUCGGUUUGAUUGAUGGAAGUCCAUCAGUGAGGAAUGGUUUAGUACGUAAAAUCAAGAUCUUGAGACCCAUAGGGCCUAACUAAGGCAAAAGCAAAGCAUUGUUAUGAUUGGCUAAAGGAAGGCGUGGGGAGAUCACAAAUUGACAAGUGGUCAAAACCGUCAAAGGAUUACCCCUGAUGAGACCAGAGAAACAGCUAACAAAAACUUACGAAAGCUGUGUGUUCUUAGAACAGUUCACUGUAUAUGUUCCAAAAAAUUGUUGCUUUCAAUACCAUUUAUUUUGUAAGCCAAAUUUCAAUAUUAAAAAGUUAUUGAUAUGGUAAAUGAUUAUAAAAAUAAAUUGAGUCGGAUAAAACAUAUAGAUGGAACAUUAUUAAGGUCAUUCUUAAGUUUAGUAAAGGAAGUCAAGAUCGUGAGAGACAUGGGGCCCAACUGAGGCAAAAGCAAGCUUCGAUAGACUUCCUUAUGACUCAGCAAAGGAAUGGUAUUGAUAUCAGGUAAUCAUAGCUGCCAUGGGUUUAUCCGCAGUGGGACCAAAGAGCAGUUGAGCAAGACUUACAACAGUUGUGCCAUGCAGUUCACUAAAGUGUUGCUAGAAAGACCAUUUAUUUUGUAAGCUCCAUGAAACAAUAUAAAGUUGUAAAUGUGAUAUAAAAUACUAAAUCGAAUUAAACAUUAAGAUUGAAAUAUUUAAGAUUAUUAUUUUUCAAAAUCAAGAAAGUCUAUACCUACUUAUGCUAUAUGAGUGAAUCUUUCCAUUGGAACACAGGGCAAUGCAAAAAUGAUAUAGCCUUGAAAGGUCAGAAAGUUGAUUCAACAAGGUGUUUGACCAGAGUCCAGAAAAAAUUAUGGCUCCACAGCUGUGAGCCGGAGGAAGGCAAUGAAACAAAGUAGUAGCUUUGAGGAAGGCAUAACUUAUGAAGUGAGAGAAAUUUAACGUUUUGCUGGAGCUUUUCUUUUUUCUGACAAAGCAUUAAGACCAAACCAUUGAUAAUUUUACUAAUGAAAAGGUACAAGGAAAUUCUGAGGAAGGCAAAUGGGACAAAAUUUCGUUUGGAAGAAAGCUGAGGCGUUUUCUGAACUCUGUGUUGACACUAAUUAAGAUGAUUAACGUUGGUAAUCACUUCACUAACCAGUUGGUUUAGCAGUUGUUAUGAUACGGGUUUUAAAGGCUCUUGCGCAACCAGCAUGCUUUGCGACUAUUUUUUCAAAACCGGCCGAAUAUCGAACUGAAUGAAAAUACAAAAAACAAGCAAUUUUUCAAGACAGCUGCCGCUAAGCAUGCCGGUUGCGCAAAGAGCCUUUAAAGCUGCGUUAGCUAAAUCAUUGCUAAGAAAGAGCGUGGAUAACUACAUCAGUGUUUCUACAAAAAACGCUAGCUUCUAUUCAUUAUCAGCAACAUUUAAACAUGGCGCCACUGAUCGAAUCUAUUCACAGCCUAUGAGUAAGAGGGCCUCUGACAGGCACUAAGCUCUUGUUAUCAAAACUCUCUCUUGAGGAUCAAGAUCUUUUAAGGUAGAGGAGGUGAAAAUAAAACAGGAUGGUGGGAUAGAUAAACA